AUGUUUAAAGGAAUCCCAGAGAUUGGAAUUACAUUGGAUUGUGAGCAAAUGGUUCCUUUAUCCAACAAUCAGGCUGACAUUGAAGCUACUGAAAGAGCUUUUGAGUUCACAUUUGGAUGGUUUAUGAAUCCAAUAACCUUUGGAGACUAUCCGGAUAGCAUGAAACAUCUUCUGAGGAAGCGGCUGCCAAAAUUUUCUAGCAGGAAUCUCUCAUGUUGGCAGGAGCAAGAUAUGCCAAAGCUAUAUGUGGAGGGGAGUUUUGAGAUGUUGGGAGUUGUAGAGACUGGUUCAGAUUGGCUCUAUAUCUAUCCGCAAGGGGUACAUGAUCUUUUGCUUAGCAUAAAGGAGAAAUAUAAGGAUCCAAUUGUUUAUAUCACUGAGAAUGGAAUUUCAGAACACAGCUCAUUGACAAUGGAUGAAUCUCUCAAUGAUGACCAGAGAGUAAAAUCCCUCAAUGAUCAUCUAUGUUACCUUAAGAGGGCCAUGAAGUGA